GAGAGAGAGAGAGAGAGAGAGAGAGUUUUAUGGUUUAAAGCGUAUCACUAGGUGGCAUCAUCAAUGAGCAGGGAAUCGCGUCUUGGCUAAGGGACCGCGACUGAAGCACAGUCCUACCAUUCGUGUCUUGCGGCUCAGGGAGAAGACCGGGCGCUCGCUGUGCAUCGCGGCAGGGACACUUGCGCAGGUGAGGAACGCUGCGUCCUGCCAACACAUCGGGGAUUUUCUGGGUUGGGAGGGGGGUUGGCUUGGAGCGUAUACUCCAACCUGUGUUCAUAUCAAAGCCAUAUACCAGGUGCGUCGUGGUACAUCUAUCAGGCCAUAAUUCAGGCUCAACUCCAGCUGUGCGCAAGAAGAUGCUCGGCCUGUGCGGUGUCAGGACGCGGCUGUACAGGGAACUGGCAUUGGUCGAUGCUGCGCCACGGUCACCCCGGACCUAGAUGGCUACCUCGUUAGGCGCGCUCGCGCAAGACAGGUGUCGGGGAAGUGACGUCACAAGCCGCGGAAGCCGGAGGCGGGCGUUUGGGAGAGCAAGAUGGCAGCGAAAUCCGACGGUCGGGGGCUCGCCACUGCCACCGGCUUUGCCCAGCUGCACAACCUGGACGAGGCGGUGGGCGGCGGCUGCGGCGAGGACUACCCUCGGGAGGGCAGCUCGCUGCACAUCUGCCACUGCUGCAACACGUCCUCGUGCUACUGGGGCUGCCGGAGCGCAUGCCUGCACUACCUGCUGGGCAAGGGGCGGGAGGGCGCGCGGCCGGCGCGGGAGGAGCGCCUCUGGCUCGACUGCCUGUGGAUCGUGCUGGCGCUCCUCGUCUUCUUCUGGGACGUGGGCACCGACCUGUGGCUGGCGGCCGACUACUACGCCAAGCAGGACUACCUCUGGUUCGGGCUCACGCUCUUCUUCGUGCUUGUGCCGUCCGUACUCGUGCAGAUUCUGAGCUUCAGGUGGUUCGUGCAGGAUUACACGGGAGGUGGCUUGGGCUCCGUGGAAGGACUGAGCAGCCGGAGAGCCACGGCGGGUUCCCACGGCCGCGGCAGGUGCUGCCGCAUCUCUGUCUGGGUCUGGCAGACGCUCAUCCACAUCCUGCAGAUGGGACAAGUAUGGAGGUAUAUCCGGACCAUGUACCUCGGCAUACAGAGUCGCAGGCAAAGGGAAAAUCAGCGACGUUUCUACUGGGCCAUGAUGUAUGAGUAUGCUGAUGUGAACAUGCUUCGUCUCCUCGAGACCUUUUUGGAAAGCGCCCCACAGUUAGUGCUCCAGCUCUGCAUAAUGAUCCAGAAGAACCGCGUUGAGACGCUGCAGUGCAUGUCAGCAGUUGCCUCUCUCUUGUCUCUCUCCUGGGUGCUGGCCUCCUACCAUAAGCUUCUGCGCGACUCUCGCGAUGACCAAAAGAGCAUGAGCUAUCGAGGAGCUCUGGUGCAUCUCCUGUGGCGCUUCUUCACCAUUUCCUCACGGGCACUUUCCUUUGCCCUCUUUGCCUCGGUUUUCCACCUCUACUUCGGCAUUUUUGUGGUGCUACACUGGUGUGCUAUGGCCUUCUGGGUGAUUCAUGGUGGCACCGACUUCUGCAUGUCCAAGUGGGAGGAGGUGCUGUUCAACAUGGUGGUUGGUGUGGUGUACGUCUUCUGUUGGUUCAACGUGAAGGAAGGCAGGACUCGAUACCGAAUGAUAGCCUAUUACUCACUAGUGUUGGUGGAAAACACUGUCCUGACUGCUCUGUGGUAUGUCUACAGAGACCCCGUCACCACUGACUCGUAUGCCGCAUCUGUGCUCUGCGGCGUCUUCCUGUGCUUUGCCUCAGGAGUGGCCUGCAUGGUCCUCUACUAUGGGGUUUUGCAUCCUAUGGGUCCCCGGCUGAGGGUCCUGGCAAGCUCCUGCUGCGCGGAGCUACUCUGGGGCCUCCCCCUGCCCCCAGAAGCUGAGCCGAUGGCCCCGACCCCAGGGCCUCGUGGCUCUCAGGCCACCCCCACUCGGGGCAUGGCUUCAGGGGAAUACGGAGAAGCUGAGGAGGCUGCCACGGAUACCUGCUUGCCUGUAUUCCAGGUGAGGUCCACAGAGCCCACUGAUGCAGCAGGCCGGCCCAUUCACCCUGAGGGGCCCCUGAUUAAGAUUGACAUGCCCAGGAAACGAUACCCAGCCUGGGACGCACACUUUGUAGACCGUCGUUUGCGGCGGACCAUAAAUAUCCUCCAGUACAUCAGCCCCAAUGCAGUGGGCAUCAGGUACAGGGAUGGGCCUCUCCUCUAUGAGCUGCUCCAGUACGAGUCCUCCCUAUAAAGGCACCCCACUUUCCUACACACACACACACACACACACACUUUCUAUCUGCUUCACCUCUCUCCAUUUGGGUGCUUAUUUUCUUCAGUUUAAUUCAGUUCUUCAGCCAAGUUAUUAGAGUAUUUCAAAGGUCUACAAAGGUCUAAACAGAGAAAAUGUAACAUUUAUUUUCACAAAUAAAGAGAAUAUUAUUACAGAAAUGGACAACUUAAGUCAAAAAUAAGCAGUCCUUACAUGGGGCCCUUGUUAUGUGGAUGUGUGCCACCAAUAUAUAUGUUGGAUAGUGUCUUUGUCCCUGUUAACUCUGAGAUGUGCAAAGUCUCACGGGAAUGAUGGAGGACCAUAAUACUCAUUAUCUACAUUUCUGGAUUUCCUAAUAACUAUUUUGUGCCUACUAUAAUGCUGAGUGAUUGUGAUGACAUAGGACCGAAAAGGGAUCAGCACUAGUUGUACAGUCCUGUAGAGUAUAUAAGAAAAGCACACAGUGAGUAUAGUAUGAUUUAACAUUUCAUUCCUUAUUUAUAAAAGGGCAAAGGUUUCUAAGUAGCUCUGUAGGGAUGUCUGCCUAAGUCUCGGAUUAUAUUUGACGGAUUAUUCAUGACUGGCUUUCAUUUAGUUUCGAAUAAUUUGACAUCUAAAGACCCAAAUUAUGAGAAAUAACACUGUAAUCAUUUGGACAAAUAACACUGCCAUAAACACUUUAGUAAAUAAGAAGGCCUUAAAAUAUGAAAUGCAUUCUCUGUGUUCUUUUCAUAUUCAUUAGUGAAGGGAGUAAAAUGUAAUUAAAAAACAGAUCAAGAGUGUUUUAUAUUUUACAUAAACAUAUGUAUUAUUUGUUAACGUUUGCACAGUUUAUUCAUUUUCUUUUCAUAUAGUGAAAAAGCUUAUUAACUGCAAGUGUCAUUUAUUUAAACACGUCUGUAAUUGAGGAAAUCCCAAAGAUUGGAAGGUUCAGGGUGUUAAUUAACAAAACAAUGGUCAGUAAAACACCCAUACCUUAUAUGCUUUUAGCUCAAACAAAUAAAAAUGAAAUCCUCGUUGAAUGCGGUGCUAAAAUUAAUCUCUAGGAUUCCUCCAUCAUUCCCUAUUCUUGUGAAGGUUCUAGUUUGGAUGGUUGUUAAAAAUAAGCUGAGUUAUCAGAUUUUUUUUUAUUAUAAAGGAUGCAUGCUAAGGCUGUGUACUUUGAUGAAUAACUGGGUUCUCCUUAUGUGCCAGCCAGUGUGUGAGUGUUUCAAUGGUGCUGCUCUUUUGCAAAAUAACUGUAACAGUUCUGUCGCGUUAUUGUCAAUCUCUUGUACAUAGAGCACUGCACCUCGAAUGAGGAAAAAGAACACUAUAAGGGAACGUAGCGUGUGAUGAGUUUGCCAUGACGACUGAUGAUGCGUAUAUAUAUUAUUAUCAGUUGCACUACACAAACAGUCUUUCAUUGCGUGCUAUAACCUUCAGAAAUUUGUUUAUAAUAAGAUUUGUCUCAGCAGCUUAAUAGGUACUUCUACUACUAAUAAUAAUAAUAACAUAGGAUGCCAAGGUUCAUUGUAAAAAUGGAGACAUGGGCUACUACAGACCCCUUUGUGCCUGCUGUGAUUUCAGAAGCAGACUUCAGACUGGUUGUAGUGGACAGGGUGACGGGUUUUUUUUGCCAAGGAUGGAAAAGAAUGAGUGGACAUGUGGACGACGAUGUGUAUGUCUUUACACACACAUUUCAGUUCCGCCGAUCUUCGGGUCAGCUGUCCGACAUUUUGGCUCCAUCCUUGGUUGCUGCUUUGACCCUUACACCCUUCUCAUGAGAUUAAGAUUGGGUAUAUUCUGAUGCAAAUAUUUUAUCCCAAGAUAGCAGCCAGAAAAUCAUUCAUACCAGAAUCGAACAAUUUCAACAUGCUCUUUCAAACUUUGUUUUAUGGAAGCAAAUAAUUAGCUUUAGCAAAAAACAACAAAACAAAACAAAACAAAAAACAAACAAAAAAACAGCCCAGCAAGUUUAAGCUAUAGUGUAAAUCCAGUAGCAUCUGUGUGAGUUGUAUAAUAUAAGUGGCUACACACGAUAAACCCAGAGGCCAGCGGCUUUCCUAGGUGCUUGGCACAUUGUCGCACUGUUGUUUGCUGGGAUAUUCCCCUGAUUCAUGAGAGUGUGAGUGAUUAAAUGAAUGCAAUGGUUGGAUGAGUUGGCUGCCUGGCACCCCCUGCUGUGUUCACACUUCACAUACAGACUCCGCUACUACAGUAUUAACACUCUUUCAUGAGAGAGAAAUACACAUUCAACCAGGUGCAAAUACACUGUGAUUCCUCCCCCCCCCGCUCACUGCUAUAGCUGAAAGGAUCUCUAUGGAGAGGAUUAUGUUAGCAAAUGGAAAUAUGUUCAUAUGUUUAGAUUACUGCCUUACAAGACAAUAAAUGACAGAUGAUGAGCUGUGUAAUCACCAGACACUUAAAUCCUUCACCACAUUAAAGUACAUGGAAAAGAGUGGCCAACAACAGUCCUGUAUAAACAGAUACUUUGUGGUGCCUUGUUUCACUGGGUGCUUCUCUCUAGCCAUGGCAGCCAGUACAGCAAACAACAAUGCCAGUGUCUCUUUCUCCUUUCAUAUUACACACAGUACUGUAACCAAGUUUAAACUAAACCGAAAACUGCAUCAAAUAGGCUGACAUUCCUAAACUUAAGAGGCUUUGUCUUUGCAAAAGUAAAUUACCAGAGAGAUAUGAACACAAGGCAAUACAUAACAUCUGCUUGAGUAUUGGGUUUCAUAUUUUCCUAAUACGAGCAGAUACACCGAACAGCCUCUUUAAGAUUUUGGUCAAAUUGGAUUUAAUCUGAAUGUCCAUUAUUCAACAGGGUUCAUUUAAGCGAUACACAGUUGUGAAGAUGUUUAGCAGUUCAUUUGAUGUAUUUCUGUCUAUGCCUUCCUCUGUCUUGCAAGAUGAAUGAUCUGUAGUGCCAACAAGUUAACCUUUUUCUGUCUGUUGUUUGUCUUGUGAACCAAAAUGUCUAGCCAAAUGGAUUUCUGCCUGCAAAACAAAAAAAAAAACAUAUGUAGGAACAAUAUGAGUAGGAGAAUUAUGUUGUAUGUAGACAAGGUGUUGACUGGGUUAGAAACCUGUAUCAAAGACGGUAAAGGAAGUCUCGAAAGGCAUAUAGUGCUGAAUUCACCCACGGACUGCCCUCUGCCAUCAGCCGGCUUCCUAGCAUGUCCACAGAAUGCCUCUUGCGGUGACGCGUCCAAUAUGUUUGCAUGUUAGCUUACUUGAGUGCGGUGUUUCACUCGUUCCCUGGGUUCCUUCAAUGCAUUGCCAAGUAGUGGUUCAUUACACCAGGUUCAGUUUCAACCUGUACAGUUGUGCCAUCUGUAUUAAAACAGAGCCAAAUGUUCUUUAGACAAAGUAAAUUCCAAAAAAAAAAAAGAAAACAAAUGGUGCAUUUAUGUUUGUCGACCUGGUGCUUACAGACAAAUUCUAAAGGUGCUACCACAGAAUGUGGACUGCAGGACUCCAUGUCGCGGCUCUCAGAGCAAGGCAGCCAUCUGAAGGAUCUGCUCCUUUAAUCUCACAUACUCUUUAUCUCUGGAAGAACAAGCACCUCAACACAGUUUACAGCUGAACUUCAGUCUCUUAAAAGCGGUGGCACUUAUUAUUUCUCAACAUGCACAAACAAGCAACAGUGGAGGAAGAAUUCAAGUCAUUUUAUCAGUUUUUAUAAAUGUACCAUGUUUUGUAUCUGCACUAGGGUUUCCCUUCCGAGCAAGAAAAGAUACAAAUCCAUCAUUUCGACAUUCAUCCAGAGGCAUAACAAUAAUGCUGAUAAAAGAAAUUGCUGACAAAAAGAAAAUGCAGAAGGUGAUUGCUGUGUUGUAUAUUCCUGUCAUCUCUAUGUCCAGAACCUGUGUGUAUCUCUCUUUUUCUUUUUUGUUGUUCUUGUUACUGUAGGUCUGGCUGUAAUAUUUUGUUGGAAAUUGACCUUUUCAAUGGCUAUGGUUGUCAGAUGAAAUGCUGCUGAUUUUAGAAUUGUUAUCAAUGCUGUGAGAGACUGGUAUGAAUAAUACUGAUUACAUUUUAGAUUGUGUUAAAAACUGUACAAAUGUAUUUGACGAGUAUGUAACCGUAUCCCAGAAUGACAUGGGGGUAUUUAAGAGCAUUGAUCAAAAUUAUUCAGCAAACUCUUUGCUACUGUGUGUAGCAUUUACGUCUCCGACUAUAAUCUUUACUUAUGUUGAAAACAUAAAGAGAGGUUUAUUUGAUGUUGUCAAAUAUAAAUGAAAGUAAAUCGUUUCACUGGAUCCCCAUUAUUUGAGAACAAAUCUGAUGUCCAGUAUUGUAUAAUGCCCUAUGUUUUAGGGAACAACAUUAAUGAUGUUAAUAACACAUGGUGCUACAGUUGUUUUUGUAUACUUUGAUUUUUAGAUGAAAAAAAAAGGUAAUAUUACAACAAAAGAGAAGAAAAAAAAUAAACAUGUCAAGCUUUAUUGUCAAUCAUUAGAUGAGACUUUUCCGUUAAGACACAAAAAGGAAUAUACAGCUUGAACGUGUGUGCAAAUAUACCAUAAGAUGUAUACUGUAUACACAUGCACAGUUUGCCCAAUGACAGAUCAAAAGUGGUUAUAUACAGAUGUAUAUGUACAGAUGUGUAUGUGAAUGUACUGAUAUGAUAGAGAUAGACUUCCCAGAGUAACAUAUUGUUGUUUAAUAAAGAAUUAUUACAUUCUAUAA